UUCCAAUGGUGACACGCCGCUCCGGCUCCUCAGGACCUGCACUCGAUUGCCUCGACAUUUGGCGACUCCACGCUUGAAGCAUCGGCAGGCGCGUGAGGGCUUGGAGCAAACUGAGCGGGACACGUGGGCUACCUUCCCUUUGCUUAGUGAUAAGUAUGAUGUCCUGAAACGCUUGGCUCAUGGCCAGAGGAUUUAGUCGUGGGCAAUGGUUAAUAUUCUUGCGAGUCGUGAUGUUAAAACACUCAAAUCGAGUCUCGACGGCGGGGGUAAGAAAGAACCGGAAGACACAGAAAGAGCUCAGAAGAAGUGCAGGCACGGGUUGUCAUCCCACAACCCGCAAAUGGAUAAGACAUACGAGCGCCUACUCCACCCGCGGCAGCGGGGAGAGCCCCAAGCUUCCCCAUCUGUCCCGAAUCCCGCAAACCUUGACCUCCCCGCGCAACAAUGAGGGGCACACCACCACCAGCCUUCGUUUGCUCGGCCAUCGAAUUCUUGGCUGAAGCCGACGUUCUCGCAAGCAACGUCCGAGGGCGCGCAUCCAAGGCGCAAAUACAGUUAGAUCAACGGGGCAAGGACGAGGAUGUGAUCGCCUGGCGCGAGGCAACAUCACAGAGAAUCAGAAAAGCAAGCGCGAAGAGUACUUCGUACACCGUCAGAAAAUCAUGUCCGAUUUUGUUCAUUCAGGACCAAGGCAAGGCCUGCCGUUCCCAAGUCCCUGAUGCGAAGAAUAACGCGCACUGUGCAGCAGCGCGUAGUGUAAACGCAUACACUACAGGUUCACGCGUCUCCCAGAAGCAUCGCACGAGGCUGCUAGCAGGCAAAUGCAGUAGCAUUGAUGAUGGCCUCACAUCGCGCUGAGGCUAACCGAGAUGGCCCUGCGCGAUACCAAUCCUUGGCACACGACCGGCACAUAGCUUGCCAAGGUCAUGGGUCACCAUCGGACGACACCAGCGCCACGCUAACGUUAGCUGUCUUUCAAAUCGAGCUUCAAAUCUGAGCGAAGGGGGACGUUGUCAUUCUCUAGACUAUAUUUGCUUCAAACUUCUUGCGGCCCACAACGAUUUCCGACUGCAUCGAGGGAUAGUCCACGAGAACCUCAUCGGAACCCUUCUUUGUGGAACGGAGUGAUCGCGAACCAGGCUCCGGGAUCUGGGAGAGCUGGACAAACUGUAUAGACCGUUCCUGCGACGGAGUGGCUUUUCGGACGAAGGGUCGGAGAAUAGGGAUCGAUGCAGCAAUUAUGCUCACGGCGGGCUCAGCGACACCGAAGACCUUGAUAU